UCCGUACUUCGUACAGGAAGUACAAUUGAGUUCCACAAGGGCAUGCGUGCGUUGAGAGAUGGCACCAAAACCAUUGGCACCGUUCGCAAAGAGGAUGUUCAAAGGAAUUGUACUACUUGAAGUGGCAGGUGUUCUGGGUGCUUAUGGUCUUUAUUACAAGAUGAAUACAAGUCAAGAUUUCAGGAACAGUAUGAACAACAGUCUCCCCUCUGUUUUGGAAGUUUAUUACAAGUCUAAUGAAUAUGCUGGGGUUUAUGGAAUUCGAGAGAAAGACCUUGAAGAUUGGUCCAAGAAGGCAUAGAGGUCUUCACGUCUCUGCCUCUGAUCCAGUCGUCCCUCUGGGCUUCCCACUUGAGCUGCCUGACACCUGGAGGAAGAGGAGAGAAAAAAAAACAUCAUUACUUCCUCAACAGGUGUUUACUAAACCGUGUUUACUGAACCGUGUUCAACCACCGGAUCCAUUUAUAAGAAAACAUGUCCCAACAUGAAUUUAAUUCAGUUAUUGGUCAUCGCACAGUUACUACCGUCACGCUUGAGAGACAAUAUACAAAACUAAUUUGGUUGUAGUUCUGAACUAGUUCACUUGGUGGUAUAUCACUUUGCCAUGCAAAACAUUUAGUCAGUUUCAAUUGGACGAAAUCCACACCUUCCCAUUUUGAUUGACAGGAAGCUUCACACCUAGAAUGCUUCCGUUUGGUGGAACGAAUACACCUGAUUCACUAACUCAAGUGUGUGAUGAUCAGUUUACACGUCGGGGUGCUAGCUAUGGAAUAGAUCAAGUACACGGAUUGGCUGAGGGUCCUGGGAGGGAUGUUUGAGGAACACUGUUUCUGAGUAAUUAAUGUGAUUGAAGUACUCCUGAGUAUGACUGGCUGUACGUCUAACUGCAGUUAUGUUACAGGCUGUUCUUGGGGGAUACGCUUUGGUUUUUGGCUAGUAUCUAGCCAACUGAGGAAAUUAUAUGAUUUGGCUCUGUAUCAUUUUCUUGCUUUCUGUCAAGUAGUGCCAACUGACUUUGUAAACAAGACAAAUUGACUUUAUGGAUUGCUCACCUGCUUUGUCUUUGUUAGCCAUUGCAUUCAUGCCGAUGUUGUCAAACUUGGAGCCAACAUUUUCAUCCAACAUAAACCCAACCUGUUAAACAAA